AUGGAUCCUUUCUUAAUUGUAACGCACAUAGGAGCGGGCAACCACUCAAUUUCAAAGAGUUAUAGUUACAAACGGCUACUUAAAGAAGCACUUAAGCAGAAGGAUCUAAUUUCUGCAAGUCAAGUCUUAGAGGCCUCAACUUUAACUAAUACUGGAUAUGGGUCAUCUUUAAACCUUGAAGGUAAAGUUAAAUGCGACUCGAGUUUUAUAUAUUUCGAGAAUGGUCUAAAAUCGCAAGGGUCAUUAUAUAACGUUACUAAAAAGUAUCCGAUCCUGGAAACUGUUCGUUGUUAUGAAUUUUUGGAUCUGCUUUAUCUGCGUGAAAUCAAUAACAUGGGAUUAACAAGACCUUUGAUCUUGGAUCAUGAUUCGAUUUCGACAUUUCAAAGGCUAACUUCUCUACCUAAUCCGAUUGAGACCAGUGAUCACAAUAUGGGGAAUGAAGACUUGGUCAUUCCAAAGAUGCAUAAGAUAUAUGAAAGAUAUAGGGGAAGGUUAUUUGAAACCGGGAAAAAUGCAGAGCUUCAUUCAGAACUACGAAACGAAAUCUCAGAUACAAUAGGUAUUUGCUGUAUUCAAGAAAAUAAUUCUUACGUCGCAACAUCUUCAGGUGGCAACUUUUUCAAGUUGCCGGGGAGAAUAGGUUGUGCUGCUAUAGUUGGCGCCGCGAUCGAUUUUAUUAGAAGAGAAGGGUAUGAAAUUUGGUGUAUGUGCAGCGGCAAUGGUGAAGAUAUCAUACAGAUGCAGUUGGCACAUUAUAUUGUGGGCUCAUUAAACCUCAAAGAUCCUUAUGACUUUUGCCAAAAUGUCGUUUCAUUAAUAUGUGAACGCUCUAAAUUUUUUUGCAUGAAUGGUAUUAAUAAUGACGGUGAGCCUAUAGUUUAUGUAGGUGUGGUUGUUGUCAUAAAGUGUCUCGCAGACGAUCAAUGUCAUAUUGUUUAUUGCCAUAGCACACAAUCGUUUUAUUUUGGGUUUAAAUUGCAUGAUCAAGAGGAAGAGUUGAUAAUAAGUAGGCUUAAGCAAUCUUCUAAAGCUGGAAAGACUUUUGCGAGAGGUGAAUUCAAGGUAUCUUCAAAACGCUCAUUUAAAAAGUAA